UCGAGAGAGAAAUAAAUAAUAAGACAAUCUUUUGGUAUAAAAUUGAAUUGUUUGUAUGUUCAGGUUGGGAGUCCAGAUGCUUGGGGUUAGCCUCACCCAAACUGUAUACAUGACACAUGGGUGGUAUGGGGCUGUCAUAGGCCGGUGGGAGUCGGUGUAUAUACACUGGUGUAUAUACCAGUGUAUAUACACCGACCAGUGUAUAUGUGGGAGUGUUAACGCACUCUUGCACUCUCUGACACACAGGCGCCGACGAGGGAGGGACCGUAGGACACCUCCUGGCGGUGGUGGUCUCCGCGCCAACAUGUCGGACUGGAAGAAAUCCUUCAUAGAGGCGGAGCAAGAGAAGGCGGAGGCGGAGCUACACAAUGGGGAGCCAAUCAAGGUGCGAGUUGGCCUCUACGUCACGGUGUGCCUCUUCAUCGCUGGGGGCGUCCUUAUUGUGUCCGCCAUCGGAGGCGUCUUUACCUUGAAGGGCGGGUGGUGGCUGGUGUGUGCCGGCGGGUGUGUGGGCGUGGAGGUGGUGGUGGCGGGGGGCGUGGUCGGCUGGAUGGGGCGGGGCCUCUCCAACACCGCCCUGGCGCAAGGGUACCUGGUGGUGGGCGUGCUCUCUGUGGUGUCCUGCCUCCUCCAGCUCAUCCUCCUGGGCCUCCUGGCAGCCCUCACGCCCACCUACACCACGCCCGCCCCGCCGCCCACCCCCACCGAGGAGAGGAUGAAGGCGUGGGUGCAGUUCCUGGCCGGGGCGCAGGGAGCCAUGGCGGUGUUGGUGGGCGGGAUGGUGGGCGUGGCGAUCGUGGUGACGUCGUGCUGCUGCAAGACCCCUAAGGACAAUGUGGUGGGCGUGUACCACCCCAGGUGACACCACCACCCACCACACCCCCGCUCCUCGCCCACCUUCACCGUCCCUCACGCCCACACCCCCGACGCCCAUAGCCCACACAGUCUCCAGGCUUAACUGUACAGCAUCGUUGUCUUUCACAGUGGGCUGUGAGGCUGGCUGGUGUGCUCCCCGUCCUCACCUCACUCAUAACCCCUUGUGUAAUGUUCACAACUCCGCUUUACAACUAAUCAAUUUACUUCUCAAUUGAACUUACCAAAAAUAUAUAUAUGAAAAUGAGAUACUUUAAAGAAGAUACUGUUGUUCCCUCUUUAAAAUAUUCAAUUUUGUAUAUUUGUAGGUCCAAUUUUGGUGUAAACUGUUUAAUUGGCUCCAAAACGGGAGGUGGGUAUAUACACGGGGCACUAGCCGUGGCGUGAGGCUGGCCUGGCUGCCCCUGGCACACACCCACCCAAACCCGUAAACAACACGAAAAAAAAGAUGCCCAAGACUUGCCCCGUGCCCAGGGCUCCUGCCUGGCCAGGGACUGCCCCGUGCCGGAACCUGCAGGACACGGUCCCUGUGAUACAUCCGGUGAGAGGGGUGGGGGGGGGGGGUCUUCAUGGGGCGUGACACGGCCCUCCGCACCCCACCGGAAGCCCGUGACACCUAGAGCGUGACGUACGCCCGGCCCCACCUGCCUGGGCGGGGUCCGGGCGGGAACCAUCACCAGCGGUUCCAUGGACACAUUUAAGUGACCUGGUGUAGUGACACAUUUAAGUGACCUGGUGUAGUGAGGUUUUAAAGAGUGAAGAUAACGGUAUGAAGUGGUGAGUGUACUCAGAGUGUCUCACAAACUUGGGUGAGUGUACUGGAGAAAGUGUAGAUAAGAAGUGCCUUUGACAGUGCUCACUCCCCUGGCAAGUGGUCAAACUACAGGCCAACACUUGCCACCAUCCACCUGGAUAACUCUCCCUUUCCUUCACAAACCAUCCUCUUGUCCCCAUUUUUACACUUUUCUUAUAUAUAUAUAUAUAUAUAUAUAUAU